GCACUGCUACUCCAGUGACGUCAGCUCAAAAGAUGUCAGACUGUCGGCCAUAACUGUUUUGUUGUGUUGACAUUCUUGUUAAAAUAAAUUGUUGGUCUUUUAUCGUAAAUCCAAGUUUAUCGAUCACAUCGUUUUCUUAUUUGAAACUCGUCCGAUAGGACACGAGACAUACAAAAAUGUUGGGUCUAUGGAAAGUCCGAGAAAUUGCCGACAAAGUAACAAAUGUGGUUAUGAACUAUACCGAAAUUGAGGCCAAAGUACGAGAAGCUACAAAUGAUGAAGCUUGGGGACCAACUGGGCAAUUAAUGCAAGAAGUUGCACAAGCAACAUUCACAUAUGAACAGUUUCCUGAAGUUAUGGGUAUGUUGUGGAAGCGAAUGUUGGGGGAAAGGAAGAAUUGGCGAAGGACUUACAAAUCACUACUAUUAUUAAAUUACCUGAUUAAAAAUGGGUCUGAAAGGGUUGUGACUUCUGCAAGGGAACACCUGUAUGAUUUGCGUGGUUUGGAAAAUUAUACCUGUGUUGAUGAGCAGGGCAAAGAUCAAGGAGUGAACAUACGACACAAAGUAAAAGAGAUGGUUGACUUCAUUCAGGAUGAUGAUAAGCUACGUGAAGAAAGGAAGAAGGCUAAGAAGAACAAGGAUAAAUAUGUUGGCAUGUCAAAUGACACACUGGGUAUGGGAAUGGGCUACAGAGGAGGAGGUGGUGGAGGAGCCAGUGGAGGAAGUUGGGAAGAAGCUCCACGUCGCAGAAAUGAUGAUUUCAGUGAUUGGGAUUCUAAUCGCGGAAACGGUUCUUCGCGAAGGAAAAAUGACGAUGACAAUUCGUCUGAUAUCAGUGCUGACGAAGCGACGGAUCGACGAGACAUUUCUUCAGGAAUAGAAUCCAAGUCAAGCGGUCGCUUUGGUGGCGAAUUUCGCGACAGCGAAGAGCCACCGAAACGUCAAGAUAAAGAAUUUAAAUUUGAUAACGAUAAAUCAAAGUCAACCAGUGCAAAACCUAUGAAAAAAGUUGAUUUGGGUGCUGCAGCGUUUUAUAAAGUGGAGCCCGCUCCAGCCACCGCACCAAAUCCUGUAACACAACCUACAAAUGAUAAUGGCUCAAGCGAUCUGUUAGCAGAUGUAUUCGGUAAUCCCGGUAAUGCCACGACAACGACAAGUAACGCAGCUGCAAGUAUUUUGGACGACUUUGAUCCACGUGGAGUUGACAGUGGUGCAAAUGGAGAUUUUGGUGAUUUUUCAAGUGCCUUCUCUUCCCAAGCAGCUCCACAAGCUUCUGCCAGCGAUAGCUUCGCUAACUUUGGCGCUGUGUUCGAUUCAACUAUCACAGCUACUCCCCAAGCUGCUCCUCCAAGCCAAGAUGCAUUUCUACUUGAUGACCUGUUGGCACCAGCUCCUGCCGAGCCAUCUUCAAGUCCCUUCCAUGCCUUUUCAACAAAUGUAAUGCCUCAAGUUCCUGCUUCACUGGAUGAAGAACAAAUUGACUCCAAGAAAGAACAGCAAUUUAUUAUGUCUAUUCCACGUGAACCAGAUGAAGAAAUUUGGAAAGUCCAAGUGGGUCAGCUGAUGAAGAUGCUUGCGUCACCGAAGCUACGAAGGGAUUGCCGCAAGUCAGUUGUUCAACUGGCACGAUUUCUGCCGGGCCCACCGACGCCGCAAAAGCUUUCACAUCUUGAUAUUUUGAGUGAAGAAUGUCGUGAGUUUACAUCGAACCACUAUCGACCCAUACUAGAAGCCAUGCUAACUGUUGACCCUGAAGAUGAAAUGGUUUUCGUUUGGAUGAACGCUGGUCCGGCUGAAGAAACGCUUCACAUUCUCAUCGAAUCCAUUAGGAAUCUGAUGCCUAGUAAACGUCGGGACUCGUUGGUUCUUCUUCUAACUUACCUCGUUACAUCGGACGCUUUCCUCUUCAGUUGUAUAGCCCCAUCGUUUGACCUUACCGACAGAUGGCAGUGGGAAGAGGAUUUUGUGAAGCCAGUCGCCAGUUUGCCAGAUGUGUUAGGAAAUGUAUUGCAGAGAUAUUUACCUCUGCAAUUGGCUCCUGCCGCUUACCAUCGUUCCCUCGCUGUCCAACUAGCGCGUUGCUUGUUUAUUCUUACUGAGGCCAUGAAACAUUGCAUCAGCGUCAAGGUUGAGCCCUUAGCUGUGCUCGUGACCAGCGUGUGUGCCAAAGCUGCCCCAAAUUACUUGCUGGAACCCCUUAUAAAGCUUAUAAACAGCCUUACUCGAAACAACUUCAUUGCUCGGAGACUUUGGUCGGCCCUGAUGCGCUCACUAGACGAUCGAUGCCUUGAGCAAGUAGUAACGUACCUGUCGAAAUGGUCCGUAACGCCUGCGACAUUUAAACGACUCCUGGGAGUUUCCCAGUUCCCCCUCGAAGAUCGCUGGCAGCGUUUGCUCUGCUCCAAACUUCUAUUGCUACGUGGAUUGACCUGUCCGAGAGUCGGUCGUAACAUUCUUACAUUUCUAGCCAACGACUCGGAGACUUUACUGAAAGUCACCAUCACCCUACUUUCACUAUGGAGUGAGAAGAACGCCCUUCUUCUUACGUCACCGGAACAGCAUGAAUUUAUUACCAAAUGUCUUGUCAUGGCAUUCAAUUUUCUACCGCCGGAAGAGCUCACAACGCAAAGGGUCGAAUUACACCGGAUGUUGAGAGAAGGUGUAAACCAUCACUUGGAAUCGCCCCAAGUUGCGGUUAGAAUUCUUGGAAUGUUUGUCGCCGAAGUUUGCACCAAGCGUAUUCAUCCGGAAGGACCUAUGUUAGAAUUUACCUACGAUAAAUCUGAACCAUCUGUCAUGGAACUUCGAAAUCUCCUCAGACCUGCGGAAGAAAAGGAAUGUGAAAUAGAAGAUUUCGAAACAGUGUUAGAAAAAACACAGGAAGCGAGCAACAGACAUAAUUAUAAACCGCCUAAAAAACUGUCUGCAUCAAUAGUAAAACCAACUUCCAAUUCAAAAGAAAUCGAGAAACCCACUUCAGAAGAGGCUCUAGAUAGCGAUGAUGAUUUGGAACCGUAUGAUAUGUCCGAAGAUACCGUCGAAUCAAAAUUUGAAGCUCCUUGUUAUAUUCGUGAUCUCAUGGACAUGUUGGGCAACAGUCAAAACGAAACUGAAGAAUAUGAAAAAUUAAUUUUGACUCUUGAUGUCAGCGAGAAAAUUAUUCGGCAACAAUUACCACGAGAACAUCCGUCACUUGCUGGCCAGCUGAUGGCCAUCCUAAUUCAUUUGCAAGACAAGUUUUCGAUUCCUGAUUUCAUUGGGUUGCGUAGAAGGGCAAUGAUAGCCGUUUGCGUUUCACAGCCGAUCGAUUCGGCCCAGUUUCUGACUGGUGAAUUCUACCAAACUAAUUACUCUGUGGUCCAAAGACUAGAUAUGCUUCAUGUCAUUAGUGCCACUGUACAGGAACUCUCUUCGCGACCUGAUUCCAAUAGUUCGUCCAUUGGAAACGAGAUAUCUGAGAAAAAAGUUGUUCCAGACGGUCAAGACUGGCGUUUGAUAGUGUCACGGAGAAUUGAGGCGAAUACGCGUCGGUUCUCUUCGAAUGAUCGACGUAUGCCAGUGAAAUACCAGAACAGUUUGAGUUCCCUAGCCGGCCAUUUCUUUUUCCCCUUGGCUGAAAAGUUGGACCGGUGUCUAGUCCAUUUGAGCUUGAUGGACCAGGAUUUCGUCUUGCUUUCUUCGCUGGUCCGUACGCUGACAACCAUCUUGCACUGCACCGGGCCGGUGCCGGUGGCGGAACGAAUGACCCGCACGCUCAUCGACAUGGUCUGGUUUCUGCGUUUGCAUCGCGAGCCCAGCGUCCGUGAAGCCUCUCUGACAGCGUUUAUUCAAUCACUGUUGGCCGUCAGCAAUCACCAGCUGAUGGCUAAUCACGCCCUGGAAAUUGCCGAUUGGAAAGAUUGGCUGGUUGAAGCAAUGGAACAAGACCCAUCAACUCAAGUCCGUUCGCUUGCGCAGAAUGCAUUGUCGCUGCUGGCCCACCUCCUGAAUACAUGAACCGUUACAUGUGGCGUUUGUAACACCCCAAUAUCAAGAAAGGAAAUCUUCAAUACAAUGUCGAUGUAGUCAAUGAAUGCCAACAUUAUUU